AGACGACGUCGUUGAUGGAGUGUAGCCGUUAUAGACUUGCGGUGGUUUGAGUGUAAUUAAGUGAAACGAGAAGGGCAAAAUAAAGAAAAUGUCCUCUUUUUAAGCAAGACAACAGCAAGAGUAGUAAACUGGUUGAUAGAAUGAAACAUCCGAAGCCAGUAACCGACAGCGAUUGAAAGCUUGGAUAUGCUUCUUAGGGCGAUUGUGGAAAGCCGCUAGAGGUACUUAUCGAAGCUUGGAAACUUUACAGUUCUUCAAGAACUCAUUUUCUGGGAGCUACAAGUAAAGGGGUCGGACUGGUGAUAAAUAUGUGAUCCUUCUGCUAGCUUAUUUUUGCCUUGAAUGAUUGAUGAGCACAAUUUUAUGAGAUGGGUAUCGCUGCCCAAUUCAGGAGGUUAUGUCUCGUUGAAAAUCGGAGGUUGCUUAUGGUCAUUAGUGUGGCGAUUAUUAUUGCUGCUCUUUUACAGUGUUUUGCACUUCCUUACUGGAAAAGAUGGUCCCUGUCAACGGCUGAUGAGGGUUCAUUAGUUGUGCUAAUCAGCAAUGCCACCUUUUCAAAUAAUUUAAGACCAAGGCCAGUUAAUGUGUCUAAUAGUAUGGUAAAUGAUACUUAUCCCUCUGAUUUGGAUGAAGAAGUUGGAGAUGGGAAUGAAACAAAAGAAACAAGUACAGACAAUUUGUCACCAGCUAAGAGUGAACAUGGUGAACUCACAUUGAACAUUGGUGCAAUGCUUGGCAAGAGUUUGAUAAUGGGAUAUGAUGCAAGUACAGGUGACGAUUCUAUUCAAGCAACAGCUUUAGAAAUUGGACAUGGUAAUGUGCUGCAGGCUGAAAAAGUAGAUGACAAGGAAGCAGCCGCUGGUUUAACAUUUGGAGGAGUUCAAAUUAGAGCUGGCAUUGUGCCUGUUGUACUACCAGGAAUUUCUGCAAAGAAUGGGGGAAAAAUGGAUACAGAAUCGAGCACUUCUAAUGCAUUCUUCCCUGCCAAUGAAACUUCAGCGGAUAAUGUAAGAGGGAUUGCAGAAAUACAGCCCCAAAUUUCUGUGUCGAUCACUCAGAAAAAGAAUUCUCCACAGGAUAGUAUUUCCACAUUGAACAGGGGGGACACACAACCAAUGUCAAUAUCCCAGAUGAAUUCACUAUUGCUUCACAAUCUUGUUUCAUCACAUUAUGUGAGGACAAAAUGGUAUUCUGUACGUGACCGUGAGCUUCUAUCUGCAAAAUUGAAGAUAGAGAAUGCUCCUAUUCUAAGGAGUCCUCCUGGACUUUAUGCUUCUGCUUUUCGAAAUGUUUCCAUUUUUAAAAGGAGUUAUGAGUUGAUGGAACGCAUGCUCAGAAUUUAUAUCUAUAAGGAAGGUGAAAAGCCCGUAUUUCAUCAGUCUAAGAUGAUAGGAAUAUAUGCAUCAGAAGGAUGGUUUAUCAAACUAUUAGAGGGAAACAAAAAGUUCAUAGUGAGGGACCCUAGAAAAGCUCACUUGUUCUACUUGCCAUUUAGUUCGCUAAUGUUAAGGACCACUCUCUUUGGACAAAAUUUACAGAGUCAGAGGGACCUGGAAGGAUAUUUGAAGAACUAUGUGGAUUUAGUUGCACGGAAGUAUAGUUUCUGGAACAGAACUGGAGGAGCAGAUCAUUUUCUUGUUGGCUGUCAUGACUGGGCCUCUCGGAUCACAAGGCAAUAUAUGAGGAAUUGCAUUAGAGUUCUUUGCAAUGCCAAUGUUGCUAAGGGUUUCGAAAUAGGGAAGGAUACUACUCUGCCAGUCACGUACAUACGUUCUGCUGAGAAUCCUCUGAAAGAUCUUGGAGGAAGGCCUCCUUCAGAAAGACAUAUUCUGGCCUUCUUUGCAGGAGGCAUGCACGGUUAUCUGCGACCAGUCCUGCUGCAAUUCUGGCAGAAUAAAGAAUCUGACAUGAAAAUCUUUGGUCCAAUGCACCGUGAUAUUGAAGGGAAAAGUUUAUACAGAGAGUAUAUGAAGGGCAGCAAGUACUGCAUAUGUGCCAGGGGUUACGAAGUUCACACUCCUCGUGUUGUUGAGGCCAUUUUCUAUGAGUGUGUGCCAGUCAUCAUAUCAGAUAAUUAUGUGCCUCCAUUUUUUGAGGUAUUGAACUGGGAAGCAUUUUCUGUGUUUGUGCAGGAGAAAGAUAUGCCAAAUCUGAGGAACAUUCUACUCUCAAUCCCAGAAGAGAGGUACCUCGCAAUGCAGUUAAGAGUUAAGAUGGUACAACAACAUUUCCUUUGGCACAAAAACCCUGUGAAAUAUGAUCUGUUCCAUAUGAUCCUUCACUCUGUUUGGUACAACAGAAUAUUUCAGAUUUCAAGCAUGAAGAUGUAAAAACUUUCUGAAUUAUGGCCCUGGAAAAGCCAAAGAGUUGCAGAAAACACAGGGACGGGGAACUCAACCAUUGCAUGUGAUGACAUUGGCCAUAAACCUGACAGAGAUUGUUUAAGCACAAAGAACUUAGGACCAUCUCGGUUGGUUUUGCCACAAGUGAACAAUAACAGAUACUAAAAGAUUCAUUCUUUAAUUUCUUGUGAUAACCAAACCAAUUCAGGUAUGUUUUGGACAGAUGAGCAUCUGUUCCUCUCCAUUUAUAUAAUUUGUGCAAUAUC